CUCAGUGUCUCGAUGUGUCGAUGGGACAAGUUUGUCUGGGUGGCGCGACUUCAGUCGUCUUGAUUCGAUUCGGAUUGCCGGAAAAUCGAUAAUCGCAAUUUAACCAUCGUCGCUGAAUGUAAAUAAAUGGCUUUGUCUGUGAAACGUUUUGUAAAAAGUCAUGCGGACUUCCUUGGACUGGUUAUAGUGUAGAAAACCUUAAAGGAAUUAUGGAAAAUGCAUAACUCGCUGGUUUCCAAAUUGCUGCUGCGACUGCUGCUGCUGUUCGCCCUGGUGACAGCCGCCUCUAUAGUAGUGCUAACAAAAUGUGGAUUCGACGAAAUUACGGCGAGGGAAUCGGAACCCAAUAAUCCCAGUGAAUCUAGUGGAUUUAGUUAUGCCCUAAGUGAACGAGAGGCGGAAAUUGAGCGGCUAAAACAAGAGGUCUUGGGGCUUCGCACUCAAAUUCUGUAUCUACAAAGUAAUCGCAGUGCUACCAAGAUAUCUAAUGGGAGUUUGCAGUUGCAAGAAACCACCGUGGGUCCACCAACCGCUCCACUGGGUCACCACUACGACUGCAGUAGUUAUAUUCGCAAGCAGGUGGGUGCCGCCGAAAUACUGCAUGGAUUGCCGCUGAAUAAUGAGUACGAGCUGAUACCCUACAAUCACUUCACCUUCACGCGGGUGUAUCCCAUCGAUUUGGGUUUGGGCAAGCGGGUGGUGGAGAAACCCAUUGGCUAUAGACGUCGAGAUCUCAUCGAGGCUGUAAACAAAGCCCUGGAGAGCCUGAAUAGGAACCAUUCGGCAAGGAUACGAGCAAAGAGUGCUGGCUCUGCCGGAGGAUACCCCUCGGAUGUCAUUAAAUACACUCUGGAUGACUUUAUCGAGGGCAUCUAUCGUAAUGAGCCCACCACGGGCACCCAGUACGAACUGUAUUUCCAGAGUGUUAAGCACCAGGCGAGUCCUGUGAGGAGGGCCCUAGUCAUGCGACCCUUUGCUCCCCUACAAACCGUACAGCUAUCGGAGUUAUCAUCCCACUUGAAUAAUGGUAGUGCCGAUCCAAGUCACAGUCCGCCCGUUAUCCAUGUGAUACUGCCCUUGUCAGGACGUCUACACAGUUUUCGCAGCUUCCUGCAGAUGUUUGCCAAGCUCGAAGAUCGUCGAUUGGAACUUAUUGUGGUGUAUUUUGGUACAAAUGGAUUAAACCAAGCCAAAAGAUUGGCAGGACGGUCAGAAAGGACACAGUUUCUGGCUCUCAAUGAGACUUUUAGCAGGGCCAAAGCUUUGAGAUUGGGAGCGGAGCAUAUUCAACCUUCAGGUGAAGACGUACUACUCUUCAUGUGCGACGUUGACAUUAUGUUCACCACCAGAUUUCUUGAGCGCUGUCGCUGGAACGCCGCUCCAGGCAAAAAGGUCUACUACCCGGUGGUCUUUAGUCUAUACAAUCCUCAUGUGGUAUACUCGCUGCAGGGUAAACCUUUGCCUGGCGAUGAGGAACAGCUGGUCAUCUCAAGGGACACGGGAUUCUGGCGGGACUUUGGCUACGGGAUGACGUGUCAGUACCGCUCGAACUUCCUGCAGGUCCGAGGCUUCGACGAGGAGGAGAUCGUUGGAUGGGGCGGCGAGGAUGUGAUGCUCUACCGAAAGUAUGUCCGCUCUAAGAUCAAAAUCAUCAGGGCCACCGAUCCGGGAAUCUUCCAUCGCUGGCACACCAAGAUCUGUUCUAGUUCGCUGACAGCCGAUCAGUACCGCGCGUGCAUACGAUCGAGGGCUUUAAACGAGGCCUCGCACGCCCAACUUGGAUUCCUGGCUUUCCGGGAUGAUAUAGCAGCCGCUAAUGCGGCCAAGAUGUUAUCGUGAUACCCGACUAUCCCCCAUGUAUCCCUAAUCGCUUGGCUUUUCUAUCUACGGCGGACUUUCAAGUGUGUGUGAAAUAAUAGCAGUGAUAUAGUUUAAACAUCUAGGCUACUUUUUUUGUACCUAUACAUAUAUUUCAUUGCUCAAGUUUGCAUUUUGAGUUUAAAAAGGCAUAAAAUUCGUUUUUUCUUAUUUCCACCAACUACGUAUUAGUUUUGACUUUUUUUUAGAUAGAAUAUAAAGGUACUUGUGAUAUUUCUUACUUAAGUUACUUAAGUUACGUUCCUAUAUCAAGGUUUCUGUUGGCUUGCUUUUAUUAACAUUUUCAUAUAACCAAAUCGUAAGGAACACUGCCACUUUUUCACACAUGCAAACACGCAUACUGUAGGCUAUAAAGUUUGUACAACUUGAGACAAUAACUCGUAUUUAGCAGAAUCGUUGAAUUAGCUUAAUUGUUGAUCUUGUUGCGCCCUCCAGAGAGCCACACACAAAGACGAAACGCACUGUACACACCACACACAUCACAAAUUGUUCUUCCAUGAAGCAAACUAGAUGCAAUCUCCAGAGCCCAAGAAACUAUAUAUUUCGAGUACCAUAUCGAAUCUGUAUCUCAAACUGAGCCUAACAAAUCUGCCAGACUGUUGCGCGCUUUGUAAAAACUAAAUUAAAUCGUUUAAUUAAA